AUAAAUACAUAACAACGAGUGAUUACGAAGAGAUGAGUCUUUUGCGUUAUCGAUAACAGUCACAGGCUCUGAGGAACUAUGGCGCGGAUUCCUUUUCUUCUUGUGUUUGCCUUUGCAAUGCUCUCCGCUUUCCUGUGCUGUGGAAGGCCAAACAGCGAUUCGUUCCGAGUGGCUGUCCUGGGUGAACUGAGAAAAGUCUCGCCAUUCUAUCUCAGCAUUGCCGUUUCUUCACAAAUCGUUAAAGAUGGUCUUAUAACAGAUCUUGCAAGGUCAAAGAAGUUUGUGACCCUAGCGAAGGAAUUAUCUCCAGCUAUUCUGAGAGUUGGUGGGUCCUCUGCCAAUUUCCUCACUUAUGACCCGUCUGGUCAUGGAAGUGAGAUCAGAGAGAUUGAUUUCGAUGAUGAAUAUGAAACUGAUGAGGAGAAUGAUUUCACCAAUUUUACUAUGACAGCCGAAGGUUUCCAACACCUGAAGGAAUUCGCAAAUGCUGCUUCGCUGACCAUCCUUUUUGACGUGAACCAAUUCUACAGGAUACCUGAGAACACCUGGGAUUUCUCCAAUGCCUGGGACAUCUUCAAAGAUAGUGACGACACUUUCAAGUGGCAGCUUGGCAAUGAGCCCAACUCCUACUAUUACAACUACAAGUAUAAUUUCACGGGGACGAUGGAUGCCCAUGAUUACCUCAGCUUUAGAACAGAGCUGGAGAAACAUUUUGAUAACCCUGAGAUAAUCGGCCCCGACGUCACUAACCCAAGGUUCCCCAAGUUGUCAGCUGAAGAUGAAGAAGAAUCCAAUGGACUACAAAUGAAGUUUCUGAAGGAGUUCCUGGAAAACCUAAAGGAGCUGAAGAUGGAUCUGACUGCAGUAUCUUGGCAUCAUUACUACCUACCUGGUGCUAAUGUCACCGUUGAGGACUACACUUCUCUGGAAACCCUCAACAUGCUGAAAUGGCAGAUCCCACAGGCGGUAGAGCUGAGAGACGAGUACUGUCCCGACACCCCACUCUGGCUAACCGAAACAAGCUCUUCUGUCGGAGGAGGCGCGGAGGGCUUUAGUAACACAUACAUUGCUGGAUUCCUUUGGCUCGACAAACUGGGAUAUGCUGCCGUUCAAGGAAUAGAUCUCCUGGCGAGGCAGACCCUGUACCAGAAGCGCUAUGCCCUCAUCAAUGACAUCAGAAGGGAUUUCAAACCUAAUCCAGAUUACUGGUUAUCAGUGUUGUACAAGCGGUUAGUGGGGGUCAAAGUUCUCGACAUAGCCACUGAGGGAUCUCCCGAAACCACAAGGCUUUACGGACAUUGCCAAAAACCCGGUUCAGCGUCCUAUAAACGAGGAAACGUGGUUAUUUUCGGCGUCAACGUGGACCAUUCCAGAUCUUCUAAAAUACAAUUUGAUAAGAUGUCUCCAGAUCAUUCCAUUCAGCAAUAUCUCCUUGAGGCUCCAGAUAACUUCAUCCAGUCAGGUGACGUCAUGCUUAAUGGUAUACUGCUUGAAAUGACAUCGGACGAGGAACUUCCUGACCUGGAGCCCCACCUACUCUCAGGAAAGGAGAUAGAGAUUCCUCCUCUCUCAUUUGGCUUUUGGGUCGUUGUUGAUGCCCAAGCACAGGACUGCAAGAUUCCUUAGACUCUUUAGCACCAAAAAAUCCUUCUCUUCUUUUAAAUGAAUAUUGCUAACAUAUACUAUAAAUGGAGUGAUAAGAUUUCCCCACAAUCUUCGCCCAGCCAAUAAAUUAGUUUGAUUGAAUUCUGGAA